AUGCAAAAAACUAAUAAACCAUGCAUCAAUUUAACGUCUUAUGAUUUAAAUAAGCAGUCAGAGGAUGGUAAAUCAGUGAGUUUUUUGGCUUUUGUUGAUGCAUGUCCAAUACCAACUUUAGAGUGGAUUCACCCUCAAGGUUACAGAAUUGGUCCCUACUUUAUGGGUAUAAGAAUGUUCAAUAACAAAUCGAUGAGCCGACUGACUAAGUCGAAUAUCAAUAAAAAUGAUUCGGGAAUUUUCACGCUUAGAGCCAAAUAUGAUGGGGUGUCGAACGCAUCUCUAGGAAUAAUUGAACCAAAUAGAAGAUUUAAAAAAGGUGACAAUAUUUCUUUAAUAUAUGCUGCUGUAACCCGAAAAUUCUCCAAGGUCGUAUGGUAUGAUGAUAGUAAACAGGUGGUUGUAAAUUCUGAAAGAAUACGUGUCACGUCAAGAACAACUGAAUUUUCUCACCAAGCUAUUCUUUUAAUCAACAACGUUAGUGAAUCGGAUAGAAGAAACUAUUAUUGCAAAGCAACAAAAAGAUCUUAUGCAUAUUAUCAUGAAAAAAUACAUACAAAAUCAUACUUCCUUGCCAUCAAAGUUCCACCUUACUUGAACUAUUUCAAUACAAAUGAUACGGAAAAAACUGUGCUAGCAAGAGAUUUUGAAAAUCCCCUGAUUUUAUCAUGUGACAUUGAAGGGAUUCCAACCCCUAACAUUACAUGGUUCAAGAACGACAUACCUUUGAAGUUGUCACCACGAUUUGGUUUCGAGAACAGUAAUGAAAAAUUAAUCAUACGAUUUCUUUUUGAGAAAGAUGGUGGUAAUUAUUUGUGUCUUGCUAAAAAUGACUUUGGAACCAUCGCAAAGUCCCAAAUUAUCAUUUUAAAAGAGGAAAGACAAUCAGAAUCUGGUAUUAUCCAGUUUAAGGAAGGAGCACCUAAUUUAAUAAAUCCAAAACUAUCAGUAGACGAUCAAUCGGAACUUCUUCCGUAUGACGAAAGAUUCGAAUUUCCUAAAGAAAACAUUAAACUAGACAAACAAUUAGGAAGUGGAGCUUUUGGAGUUGUGUAUAAAGCCGUAUCUUAUGGAAUAUUUGCUAAAAAAUCUAAGACAACUGUUGCUGUAAAAACAGUUCGCAAAAAUGCAGAUCCGAUUUAUAUUACUGCACUAGCAAAGGAGCUGAAAAUUAUGAUUUAUCUAGAACAACACUUAAAUGUCAUAAAUCUUCUAGGUGCUUGCACCAAAAAUAUAGCCAAACGUGAACUUUUAGUAAUUGUUGAGCUUUGCCGAUUUGGGAACCUUCAAAGCUAUUUUUUGUGUCAUCGGAAAAAUUUUAUAAAUCAAAUUGAGCCAAAUACAGAUAAAAUCAACCCGUCUGUUAAAAAAAAACUAAAAAGGACAAAACACGAGAAUUCUGACGACUUUAGUACGACCUUGUAUCAUAGCAGUCCAAAAAAUAAGUUCAGUAUUUACUACACAGUAGCUCAAAACUUAAGUGGCUCAACUGAAUUAAGUGAUGAUUUUGACAUGGAUGAUAUUCAGCCAGACUGGCGUUCUAAUUACAAAGGGGACUACACAGAUAAAGAUUUUUCGUUCCUUUGCUCUGAGGAUCUUUUGUUAUGGGCUUAUCAGGUAGCAAAUGGUAUGGAGUACCUUACCCAAAGAAAGGUUCUGCACUGUGAUUUGGCAGCAAGAAAUAUAUUACUGGCAGAGAACAACAUUGUCAAAAUCUGCGACUUUGGUUUAGCCAAGACUCUGUAUAAAGAUGAAAACUAUAAGAAGCAAUGCGAUGGAAAGAUACCCAUAAGGUGGAUGGCCAUUGAGUCCAUCAGAGACGGAGUCUUUUCCACUAUGUCAGAUGUGUGGUCAUUUGGUGUAGUACUCUGGGAAUUUUUCACCCUAGCCGAAAUACCUUACUCACGUAUGGGGUUCGAGAAGAUGUAUCAGAAAUUAAUUAGGGGCUACAGAUUGGGUCAGCCGGCUUAUGCUACGAAAGACAUUUACGACAUUAUGCUUCAUUGCUGGGAGGAAAAGCCAACAUCGAGACCGUCUUUUACAAUACUGGUCGAAAGCAUUAGAAAACUUUUACAAGAUAACGCCGAAACGCAUUUUUUAAGACUUUAUCAUGGUUUAAUGAGUGAACAGGACAGAAGAUUUAAGUAUGAUAUUUUCAAAUAUGCAUACAUGACCAAAAGUAGUUAG